UCCCAAAACGAACCGUUUCCCUCCUACGCCUACUUUUCUUUACUUCUUCUAUUCAACAUUUCUUCUCUUCUAAGUUCGAACUUCGAUUCCUCUCCCAUUAAUUAUUACUUUUCUCGGUUUGGUUUGGUAUCUACCAUUAUAUUCUAAGGAACCAAAGUAAUUGUUUAACCAUAGAGCUUAUCUUAUCUGAGAAGCACGUGAUUAUUUCAAAGCAACUCAAGUUUUCUGUAUCCAUAGGUUACUUAUUAGUUGGGUUGUGAAAAAAUGAAUGAGAUCAUGAGAAAUGCAAGUGGGAGCUCUAGUUCAAGUUUGAACAGCAGCAUUCAGGAUACAGAGGAUGAUCAAACUAUUGCAAACAUAUUAGCAGAAGAGGAAAAUCACAAUUCAAACAACAUGCUUGGGAAACGACUUUCCCAUUUGGAUUCAAUUCCGCACACUCCCCGUAUUAAUGGAGAGAUUCCUGAUGUCAAUGAUGCAACACUAGACCAUGAGAGGCUGUCCGAAAGGUUAGCUACAUAUGGUUUGGCAGAACUACAGAUGGAGGGUGAUGGGAAUUGCCAGUUUCGAGCUUUAGCAGAUCAGUUGUUCCGCAAUCCUGAUUACCACAAGCAUGUAAGGAGGCAGGUUAUCAAGCAGCUAAAGCAUCACAAAAAGUUAUACGAAGGUCAUGUACCAAUGAAGUACAAAAGCUACCUGAAGAAGAUGAAAAAAUCAGGGGAGUGGGGAGAUCAUGUUACUCUACAAGCAGCUGCAGACCGCUUUGACGCCAAAAUUUGUUUAGUCACCUCUUUCAGAGACACUUGCUAUAUUGAGAUCCUUCCAACUGACAAAAGUCCCACUAGAGAGCUAUGGCUAAGCUUUUGGAGUGAAGUGCACUAUAACUCAUUGUACUCAAGCGGAGAUGUUCCUUCUAGAGUACCGAGAAAAAAGUAUUGGCUCUUCUAGGCAGAUUGCAGAUUAUGAAAUCAUACGAAGAACUGACUUUAUAAUGGGUAAAAAGUUUCUUUUACCAACUUAUUGUCGUUUUACAUUAUGAGCUCAAGUCAGUCACUAGUCCCUGUCCCCUUCAGGAGCAAACAACAGUUUAUGCACAAUAUUAAGCAAUUAGCAUCCUUGUACAGAUAUAGAUAACAUAAUUUAUGUUUAGCUAAACUCCCAGUGAAUUUAUCUAAACUCUCAUUGUACAGCUCUGGUUUUCU